AUGGCCCUGAAAUCUACCUGUGCGAUACUCCAGCUGCGUCUUCAGCCCUGGCUUCGAAGCUCGUCUGGCCCCCUUCGACUCAACAAGUCUCCCCAUGUUCCACCGCCCUCACCCUCAUCAACUCGCACGGCACGGCACGGCCAUGCCCAUUGGUUCUGGUACGAGGUAUCGAUACCGGCACUUGUCCGUGCUGUCACCCGCUGUGGCGAGACGUACGAGUACCUUACGUACGGAGACCCUUUAGCAGUAUGCCAAGCUUCCUCGCGCACACCAGCUCGCGCCAAACCUACACGCGACGUCUUGGACAAGGCGUCUAAAGGACCGCGUAGCGCCAUCUGUCCCUCGGUAGCUCUGAUCGGCUUAUGCUUGGAUGGCAUCUUAGACCUCAGCUUAAUAUUGCAGCUUGCUCAGCCUUACCGGCACCGGCUCAGCCUUUGCUCCGGCCCCUCUGAUUACCGGGUGGACUCGGGGCCUCCGCCGCUCCGUAGCCAGCACGCAAUGGCCGGACCGUCUCUAUCACACAUCCUCGAUCCCAUGGGUCCGGGCAGCGAUCCUCGGCCACUACCUGCGCCUGGCUCUGUCCUUGCGCCUUUGCCUUUGCCUGUGCCUGUUUCUGCGCCUUCUCCGCCCCUCCCGCUGGCACAGCAGCCUGUCGUUGGCUCCGAUGCUACCGCUACAAGAACGGUAGGCUCCGCGCUGUCGAAUCCUGCUGCUAUGGCCCAGAAUUACAUCGCCAUGCCAGCUGGGCCGCCGUCAACAACAGCUCCCGGUGUUGCCACUGCCGCUGCUGGGGUAACUCCUGGCGUCACUGCUGAAUCCUCAGGAUCAGGGUCGCGCCAGGGCCACCAAAACAACAAUCCCUAUGCUUGUCGCGACUGUGGCCGCACUUAUUCACGGCCAGAGCACCUUGUCAGGCAUGUCCAGACUCACACUCUGGGGCGACGCUUUGCGUGCGAUAUCUGUAAAAAGACGUUCGCGCGGAAGGAUCUGCUGAGGCGCCAUGUCACCAACCAUGAGAACGACUCGCCCCUGAAGCGUGAACGGAUGGUUUCGUCACCAAACUCCAGUCGCGUUAGUCAGGCUUGCCGUCCCUGCGCCGUUGCUCGCGUGAAAUGCGAUGAGGCGAAGCCGUGCAGGCGCUGUGUCCGCCGUAACUUGCCCUGUUCUUCUUAUGAGGCCAGCCCGGGCAAUACUAGGCAUCUUGUCCACCUUCCGGCGGGCGGGCAAGAUGUCACGCAGACUCGCCCAACCGUCGCUGCCUCUGUGGGAUCCACAGACUCCAACUCCACACUUCUUCAAAAUGCCUCUGCAAACUUCAUCCGCGACAAUACAGCUAGUAAGAGCAGCCCUCUGUCACAGUCUGCGUCAUCAAGGCAAGGCGACAGCCAGCUGACUACUCCGGAUACGGGGGUAGGACCAGUUCAACCCCAUGAUCCUUCAAGAACUGGCUCAGGUCCUAUGGCGUUCAAUAACAUCCCCUUCUUUGACUUCCUGCGCGAUGUCCUCUACCCUCAGCCGGUGGAUCUGUCACGGCCGUCUGAAUCUCAAGGCCCGGCCGUGUUGGAUUUCUGUGACAACAUGGACAUGGAUCUGACAGAGAUGGACUUUGGCCUCCUGGACCAUUGGAACCUGAAUCUGGACGAUGGCUCUCUGAUAACACCCACAAUGGCUGAUCACAACCCGCAAAACUCGUUGGAUAUGUCUCAAAUGCGACAGAAUCUUGCCAACGUCUGGGGGGAACUGCCAUGGAAGUGGGACCCCACCACCAAGGACAACGCCUACACUGAGCAGGGCAAUCUUCCUAUAUCAGCCACGGAUGUUUCCAAUGCUCAGUUCCAAGAGGUCAAGAGACAACUGGAGCGAGUGGUUGAUCAAAGGCUGAAUCUUCCCAGCCGCGACCAGAUUCUCGCCAUUGUCUUGAAGACGUGUCGAGAUGCUUCCACAGCCGGCCGGGUGGCCGCCUCUUUUCCAACAGUCGAUGUGAUGGAUACAAUGGUGCAAGCCUUUUUGGCAGCCCACCUCCGUCAGGUAUCGACAUGGAUACACUAUCCUACCCUCAAGCUGAACUCGGUAUGGCCUGAAUGGAUUGGAAACGCCGUGGCUGCUGGCGCUGUCUUGAUGCCAGCUCCGACGUUGCGAAAGUUUGGUUUUGCCGUUCAAGAGGCAGUUCGAAUUACGAUACCUGCACGGUUCGAAGACAAUAACACAGCCAUACAAAACCUUAGUCUUGUCCAAUCCCUCAUUCUGGGGCAAGAUAUCGGCUUGUGGAGUGGCAACCGCAGGAAAAUGGAGAUUGCCGAGUGCCAUUUGGUAAUUCCGGUAACGAUGAUGCGAUAUCGUCGGCUGUUCCAGCGAUGCAUGUACCCCGUUAUCACGGUCGAUCCCUCCGACGAGGGCGAGAUACUAGAACAAAAGUGGAUGAAAUGGGCGGCUGCGGAACAAUGGAAGAGGUCAGUUUGGGAUGGAUCUGCUCCUCAUCGAUCUGGUGCUAACAUAAAAGGGGGAAGGCUCGUAUUCCACUGUUACAUCCGGGAAGCCCAAAUAUCCAUGACAGCGUUGACGAAUCCAUGCAUGUCGUAUGCCGAGUUGACACUACCCCUGCCGGAACAGAAAGACCUGUGGUCUGCGAAGACAGCAUCUGAGUGGAAGGCCAUCUAUUUAACGAGAUCUGUUGAACCAAAUGCAAGAGCGCCAUCAAUCGCCGACAUGUACAGAGACCCACGUCAACUUGCUGACAAUAGCACGCGCAUCGACAUGCAGCUAUCCGUCUCUGUUUUCCUUCACGGCUUUUGGUCAAUGAUUCUGGAGUACUCUCAAAUGAGCGUGGUGCACCAGUUUCGUAGCUACUCCAAAGAAGUGUCUAACCCGAUGCUUAGCUCGAGACGUCAGGAGCUCAUGAGAGAUUUGCAGUCGUUUCAGUUUGUUGCGUCGAAAUUGCAGGAUGUUUCUCCUCAGGAGCAUGUUGUCCUGUAUCUUCUCAUGAUGCACCUGCACGUAUCCUUGGACGACCUGCAGAUCUUUUCGGGCAAGCAAGGGGAGGAAGAGGCCCGUCGUAUGUACCCCAUUUUGCAGCAAUGGACGGCUAGCCCCGAGUCCUGGUAUGCAGUCUAUUGCGCCGGUCAGAUCUUUCGAUACGCCAAGCUGUUUCCUGCUGGGUCCUUGAAGGAUUUCUAUGCCAUAGCAGUCCACCAUGCCGCGCUUGCUUUGUGGACGUACGGCGUUGUGUUCCGAGCCAGCCAACAGCAGGAGAUGCCAUCGCAGUAUGGAUAUGAACCCAUGUAUCUGGACGACGGCAGCGAUGCCACAACCAUUCAACAGUUUUUGAGUUUUGGACAGGGGCAGCCUUUUAUCCAAGGGCCUGCAGGACCGAUCUCUGGCGCUACGCCAGGCGAUGCAUCGGUUUACGACCCUCGUGCGUGCAUGGACAUUGCACAGGAGAUUUUACAGGCCAACUUUCGACGGCCUCAGGAUGCCUUGCCGGCUCUUGUGGAGAAUCUCUGCCAGCUAAUUAAACAGCUUGGAAACGCGGCUUGGGCGGUUGGAUUGGGAUAG